GCGAAGGCGGGGCUUGGGCGGCGGGGCAGCGCCAGAGGAGCCAUGGAGCCGCUGCGGGAGCUGCGCGUGGGCUUCAUCGGCGCGGGGCGCAUGGCCAGCGCCGUGGCCCGGGCGAUGCUGCUGGCGGGAUCAACUGUCCUGCGGCGUCCUGAGGUCUCAUGCUUGCGAGACAAUCCAGAAGGAGGUGGAAGCCGCUGGCGCCCCAGAUUGGUGGGAACUCAAGCGGAAGCCACGAAGGGAGGCCUCCCCGGAUCGUGUCCCGAUAGAAAGCAUCCCGCCAGGCAGAAAAGCCUAUUUGAGUUCCAGAGGCACCUUGGAAGCCGGGCUAAAGCGGAUCCCGUGGACAGGUUUAACCCUAGAGAUGGUUCCCCACCGCGGUCCGGAGCGUCCUGGCCCAAAACGGACUCUUGGAGACCAGAUGGAGAAGUCCAAGCUGUGAAUAUCCUGGCCAGUGCUCCAUCCAGCAGGAAUCUGGACAAAUUCCAGGGAUUCGCCUGCCGGACGACCCACUGCAACCUGGAGGUGCUGGAGAAGUGCUCCUUCGUAUUCCUGGCCACCAAGCCCCACGUCCUCCCGGCCGUCCUGCGAGAGAUCAGCCCUGCGGUCACCGCCAGACACGUCCUCGUUUCCAUGGCCGCUGGAGUCCCACUCCGGACCCUGGAAGAGCUACUUCCUGCGGGGACACGGGUCUUGCGGAUGAUGCCCAACCUUCCCUGCGAGGUGCGGUCGGGGGCUGUCCUGCUCUCUCGAGGGUCCUCCGUGGGCGAAGAGGAGGUCUCCCGGCUGAAGACCCUGCUGGCCCCGUGCGGGUUGUGUGAAGAGGCCCCCGAGUCCUACAUUGACAUCCACACGGCGCUGAGUGGCAGCGGCGUGGCUUACGUCUACAUGUUCGCGGAAGCUCUGGCGGAAGGCGCGGUGAAGAUGGGGAUGCCUGGCCCGCUGGCCAACAAGAUCGCAGCUCAAACUUUGUUGGGAGCAGCCAAAAUGAUGCUGGAGACGGGGGACCAUCCCGCUGUCCUUAGAAGCGCCGUUUGCACUCCGGGCGGCACCACCAUCCACGCCUUGCACGAGCUGGAGAAGGGGUCGCUGCGAGCGACGGUCAUGAACGCCGUGGAAGCGGCCACCAGCCGGGCGCGUGAACUGGGGGACAGGUAGCAGGUGCGCCUGGAGGGGGAUCACGGGUACCACGUUCCUUGUCCCCCCUUGCGUAUCGGGUCCACACCCACAGCUGGAAGAGCAGGGGGCCAUGGCUCCCCGCCCGGAGGAAAUUGCCAGGACUCUGUGGCAUGGUGGGGGCUGAGUGGGCAUUUGCCCAUCGGUGCCCCCUCAUUGUCCACGUUGUCGUGGACGAAAUGCUGCCGUUCUGCAAUGCCGGGGGAUGUCACCAAACGCAGGCGACAUUGUGCCCACUUCCAGGUAUCCGUUUGUUAUAACCUGGGUGUGAUCCAUUCCAAACUUUUUUCCCCAUUGGCGGAAUAAACCACGGUGGCUUGUU